UUUUUUUUUGGCUCCUUCUCAUACGGCUAUUCGCCUCUAUUAUCGCCUCAACUCUAGGGCAAUCUUAUUUAGUCAGCUACUUCAAUCCUGAUCCCGCGAAGAAUUCCCAAGCCACGUUCCUUGAUCGGAGUUACCAAUGGUAUUUUCCAGGCCGGUGGAUUCUUCGGAGCCCUGCUCAUUGCCCCUGCGGCCGACAAACUGCCUAGACGGGGGCGCACUUCAAGCGGGAUGUGUUCAUAUCAGGAUGUUUCUGGCCAUGAAAGCAUUCAUUGGCCUUGGCACGGGGAUGAUUAUUGGCUCUGUUCCUCUAUAUCAGUGAGGCCUCGCCACUGUCACGGGCUCGGAAUAGAAGAUAAUAACGAACUGAAUUCCUAUCUUGACUAUUGUAGCCAUCAACGAGAAUAUCGAAUCUGGGAAGGGAAA